AUAUAUAGUUGAAAUUUGUUGACGAUGUUGACACACAAAUCAACAUAAAUAUAUUUCAUAUAUUUGCAAAUAAUGUAUAAAUUAAUAUAAAAAAGCACUAGUUAACUGUUAAUUAAGAAAUAGUUGAAUUGUCCUCCAAAUGAAUUCUAAUUUUUUACUAAAAUACAGUCUAUUUAAUAAAAAUUUAAACUUUAUCCUUAAUGUGAAUUUUCCGGUAUCGCAGUGAAAUUGUUUUCACUUUUCUUUUUUAAUGUAACAUAUUAGAAAAAAUAUUUCUUUUUCAAUAUGUUACAAACUCUGAGGGAACGUUCACAAAAGCGUAAAAAAUUAUUGGCACAAACGUUGGGAGUUGCAAGUCCUGUUGAACUUAGACAAAUUUUAGGAACUGAUAUCGAUGAUAUUAAUAAAAAGAAAAUUAGACUGUUAUCAACAAAAUCCGAGGAGGAAAUUCAAGGAUCAAAAGACGAGUCCGUUCCUACGGAUGAGAUUGUUUAUAAGGAUUCAUCAACUUUUUUAAAAGGUACACAAUCUUCGAAUCCACACAACGAUUACUGCCAACAUUUUAUUGACACGGGUCAAAGACCUCAGAAUUUUAUUCGUGACGUGGGUUUAGCCGAUAGAUUUGAAGAGUAUCCAAAAUUACGUGAGUUGAUUAAAUUGAAAGAUGAUUUAAUAUCGGAAACUGCAACUCCGCCAAUGUACUUGAAGACAGAUCUCGCUACUUAUAAUCUCAAGGAUCUUAAUUGUAAAUUUGACGUUAUUCUCAUUGAACCACCACUCGAGGAAUAUCAAAGGACAUGUGGUGCCACUAAUGUUCAGCUCUGGAAUUGGGAUCAGAUAAUGGAUUUGGAUAUUGGAGAAGUGGCAGCAAAUCGUAGUUUUGUUUUCCUCUGGUGCGGCAGCAGUGAUGGAUUAGAUAUGGGUCGUUAUUGUUUACGUAAAUGGGGUUUUAGACGUUGUGAGGAUAUUUGUUGGAUUCGGACGAAUAUCAAUAAUCCAGGUCAUAGUAAAAAUUUGGAUAGUAAAGCAGCGUUGCAGAGAACUAAAGAACAUUGUUUGAUGGGCAUUAAGGGAACAGUGCGAAGAUCGACAGACGGGGAUUUUAUACACGCAAAUGUUGAUAUCGAUCUUAUUAUAUCCGAGGAGCCCGAAUAUGGAUCUAUUGAGAAGCCCGUGGAAAUUUUUCAUAUUAUUGAACAUUUUUGCCUUGGUAGACGAAGACUCCACCUUUUUGGUCGGGACAGUACAAUACGACCUGGAUGGCUGACAGUUGGACCUUCCUUGACAAAUACAAAUUUUAAUUCUGACAUUUACACAAGUUGUUUCAAUAAUGGACAAAUAACGACAGGCUGUACUGAGAGAAUAGAAGCACUGCGACCAAAAUCUCCACCGCCAAAGGGCAAAUCAGUGGGAAGAGGACGAGGUGGUUUCAAUCGUGGUCGAGGUAGAGGAAGGUCUUCGAUCAAAUAGACACCCUGUUCAAUCAAAAUCAAUAAAUUACACACACUGUAAUUCAAAUGCAGUUUUGUAAUUUUUUUCUUGUUUGUAAAAAGAAAUUUUUGCUGGAAAAAAAAUCGUUUGGAUGGAAAAAAUAAAAUUAGAACAUUAUAAAUGAGAAAUGAAAAAUAUGAAACCAAUACACACAGCAGAAAGUUUCCAAAAUUAGCACAAAAAAAAUGAGAAUGAAGCAGAAAUUUUCACAAAAAGAAAGCAAAGAGGAAAUGAAAAGAAAAAACAAAAGUAACAUUUUUCACGUCGAAAAUUAAAAGAAGGAGACAAUAGUAAAAACAAAAGGACAAUAGAAACCAAAAAAUUGAAUUGUGCAGUAAUUAGUAGAGAAAAAAUAAUUUUUAUUUCUUUCGAAAUAUGAAAUUAGAAAAAAAAAUUGGGUGAAAUAAGCUGUCAAAUUUUCUCUUUUGUAUAGAAAAUUCACGUCACUAUUUUCUAUAUCGAAAAUUAAAAAAAUAUUUUUUCAAAAAUACGUUCAACGAGAGUUAAAAAAAAACUAAUAAGUGGUUUUUAUUAGAGGGGGGAUAAUGAGGUAUUAGAGGAAUCAUUAACUUGUUAGUGCAAAUUGACAGGUGUUACGUAUUUUCUUUCCUUUUAUUGGAUUCAUCAUUCAUCAUUUGAGUGUCAAUUUUCAGCGAAGAUUCCUAUUAUUAACCAUAUUAUAUAUUCACAAGUUAUUUACAAAAAGAAAAAUAAAUUAAAAAAGGUUCAAAUGAAAAAAAAA